AUGAACUGGCUCRAUGAGAUGGAGAGUUGUUUCCUGACAUGUCAUUGUGCACCAAAUGAUAUGGUGCAGUUCGCAUCAACCAAGUUCAAAUCGAAURCCUUGCAAUGGUGGAAAUCAAUUAGAGCCGCUAGGGGACUAUCUGGGACUGCAUCUCUCACKUGGRAGGAAUUCAAGGAGUUAAUGAGCGAAAAGUUUUUCUCACCACUCCAGUUGAGAAUAUUAGAAAGUGAGUUCCUACAAUUGGAGCAGGGAAACAUGACUGUGGAGAAAUAUGUGGAGAUCUUUAUUGAGAAGUCACGAUUUGCAGGGCAUCAGGUGAAUACCGAGAUGAGGAAGGUGAAUCGGUUUGUGGACGGACUGAAAAGGGAACUUAGGAGGCUUGUUGGAAUGUCAAAACCUACUACCUUUCAAGAUGCGGUAGAGUUGGCCACCCUUGCUGAGAAGGACAGUUAUGUUCCGGAUGCAUCUAAGAAGAGGAAGAUCAAUCAAGCURACCCGGGAAAAUUCAAGAGAACUCAAGUCUUUGGGGGAAAGAAUGGGGCAAUAACUGCUUGCGUCACAUGUGGAAGGAACCAUCCAGGUGAAUGCAGGUAUGGCAARGGAGUUUGCUUUACUUGUGGAAAGCCUGGGCACAUGUCAAAAGAAUGCAAGGCUAGACCUAUUUGCUACUCGUGUGGUGAUCCCGGACAUCGCCAAAGGGAAUGCCCCAAGAAGAAACGGAGCCACCGAGGUUGCUCGGAGGAUCAAACGGGAAGAAGCUGGAUGCGCCAAAAGUGA